UAAAGAAGAGCAUUCAGUUUGAUAGGUUUGUGAUUUUUGUUUACCAUUCAGUCGCCCGAAAUCAUGGAAAAUAUAUUGGACAGCAGUUUCGACGACUCGGAUCUGGAUUCGCGAAAUUUCACAAAACCAAAUGAAAAGUCCGAAGCUGAAGACAAUAAUGAUGACGACGAUAUGCUCGAUAGCCAGGAGGACAAAGAUGAGGAUAAAGAAAUGAAAAUGGACUUUCGCCGUUCGCUCAGUUCGCAAGACAAUUGUGACAAUGACAACCAUCGCAGAAAAGAUUAUCGCAGCAAAAAGGAAAUCGAAGAGGAAGAACGGGAAAAGAUGCAGGUAUUGGUGUCAAAUUUUACGGAAGAGCAACUCGACCGCUACGAAAUGUUUCGAAGAUCCGCCUUUCCAAAAGCUGCUGUAAAGCGUCUAAUGCAGACCAUAACUGGUUGCUCCGUGUCACAGAAUGUCGUCAUUGCCAUGUCUGGUAUAGCGAAAGUAUUUGCCGGUGAGGUGGUCGAGGAAGCAUUGGACGUAAUGGAACGAGCUGGUGAUAGCGGUGCAUUGCAACCGAAGUAUUUACGUGAGGCUGUCCGAAUUUUGCGUGCUCGUGGUAAUAUUCCGGGCCGGGCACACAAACAAUUCUUUCGAUUAAAUUAAUGAACUCAUUAGACGUGUAUACGAAAAA